CCGCUUCCGGCGAACUGGAGGCUGCAGAUCGUUUACAUGUUGUCAGAGUGAUGCGGCAUCUCGAAACUUCCUGACUGAUUAAAAAUGUGAAACAAAACGGGAAAAUAUGGAUAAAUACGAGAAGAUCAGAGUUGUGGGGCGUGGUGCUUAUGGCACUGUCCACUUAUGCUGUCGUCUCAGUGACCACAAACUUGUAAUAAUCAAACAGAUCCCUGUGGAGCAGAUGACGAAGGAGGAGAGACAGUCGGCACUGAAUGAAGUCAAAGUCCUGUCAAUGCUGCAUCACCCAAACAUUAUAGAAUACUAUGAGAACUUCCUGGAAGACAAGGCUUUGAUGAUUGUUAUGGAAUAUGCACAAGGGGGCACACUGCUGGAUUAUCUUCAAAGCAGAAAUUCAAAUCUGUUGGAAGAAGAUGAAAUACUGAAAUUCUUUGCCCAGAUGCUGUUGUCUCUGCAACACGUCCACUCCAAGAAUAUCCUGCAUCGAGAUCUCAAGACACAAAACAUUCUCCUGGCCAAGAAGAAGGAAAUAGUGAAGAUUGGUGACUUUGGGAUAUCUAAAGUUCUCAGCAGCAAAAGCAAAGCAUUUACUGUUGUGGGGACACCUUGCUACAUAUCUCCUGAACUCUGUGAAGGAAAACCCUACAACCAGAAGAGUGACAUCUGGGCUCUAGGCUGUGUGCUGUAUGAACUUGCCAGCCUCAAGAGGGCUUUUGAAGCUGCGAACUUGCCAGCACUCAUUCUAAAGAUUAUGCGUGGGACAUUUUCGCCCAUCUCGGACCACUACAGUGAAGAAUUGCGGUCCCUCAUCCUCAGCAUGCUUCACCUUGACCCAAACAAGCGACCUGACAUCAACCAGAUCAUGGCACAGCCAAUCGUCAUCAACGCACUUCUCACUCUACACACAGACAUGGGCAAGGUCCCUUGUACCAGAAUCCAAAGACCUUUAUCCAGCAUCCCCGGGACUGGGAGGGGCAGGGUGUCAGCCCGGGGGAUGCUGUCGUCUCGAGAAGGCCUCCCUGCCAAGCCUGCUGCCCUGAGUUCCGUGUACUGCUGGGGAGGGGGGAAGACCUCCCCGGUCAAACUGCCCCUCCCUAGCUUCGAGACCCAGGUGAUCCAGGUGUCCACUGGUCGAACACAGAAGGCGGCCAUCACAAAGAAUGGGAGGCUGUUUGUGUGGGAGUCUCCUGGUGUUGGGGCGGAGAUGUCCAUCCCCGGCAGCGUGGACAGUGCUAACCCAGCGUACGUCCCACGCUACCUGGAGGGUCAGGCUGCAGUCACCAUACAACACGUGGCCUGUGGGGAUCUCUUCGUGGCCUGCCUCACAGAUCGGGGUAUACUCAUGACGUAUGGAAGUGGCGCCAAUGGCUGCUUGGGGCAUGGAAACUUUAACGAUGUCGCUCAUGCCAAAAUUGUGGAAGCGUUGCUAGGUUACGAAGUGAUACAGGUGUCGUGUGGUGCGUCACAUGUUCUGGCUGUGACCAAUGAACAUGAAGUGUUCUCCUGGGGACGUGGCGAUAACGGUCGUCUCGGCCUGGGGACGCAGGACUCGUGCAACAAUCCCCUGCCCGUCCAGAUCCACGACAGCCUCCGCCCCUGCUCGGUACACUGUGGGGUGGACUGCUCCAUGAUCGUCACCCUUGACAACAAACUCCUGUGUACUGGCAGCAACAGGUUCAACAAGCUGGGUCUGGAUGAGACCGAUGGUCGAGGUGUGGAGGAGACAUCCAUCUUUACACUAGUUGCCUCUCAGCCAAUCACAAACUGCCUGGUGAAGACUGUUGCCCUUGGCACCUCCCACUCAGCCCUGGUCACAGUUGAAGGACAGGUAUUCACAUUUGGUGCUAACCAGUUCGGUCAGCUCGGCUACGAGUCAGACUUUCCCACCAGGCGGCCGAACCAGGUGCAGUUCCAGCAGUCGUGUAACAUCAGUCAGGUGGCGUGUGGGGAUACGUUCACUGUCGCAGUGUCCGAGGAUGGGGAGGUGUUUUCCUGGGGAAAGUCAUCAAGAGGUCGGCUUGGACGAGUUGAUGAAGAGACAAAUGUUCCAAGACAAGUGAUAUUUCCUGGUGAAGAUGUGUUUUCUGUGGUCUCAAUAUCUUGUAGCCAUGGCAACACAGUACUUGCGACACGACCUUUCCACAGAUCUGGAAGCCCCAUUGAAUGACAAGCAGCAAGUGACCCAUAUCUCAGUCCAACAGUCCAUGAACAACCAUGAAGGAUGGCUAUUCCUCCAGAUGCACCUCCUGGCUCUGAGACUGGGAUACAGCCGGGAUGCAGGUCAUCUGUAACCAAGGCGUCCAAGAUACCGAGGACAACUGUCACCGACAUGUAGUCAUGGAAACACCAUUCUCAUUAAAAUCAGAUCUUAGUUCUUGCUAUCGCUAAACAAAGAUCUGAGGACAUCCCAUUACAGGUCACGUCAGACCAACCUUGCGCGAACUUUGACCGACCAAUGGAAUGACCA